CUCCAACCAGCCCUAUCAGACGUCGGUUGUGUGCAACAGCAAACAUACUGUGCGACAAACCUUUUUCAAAUUCAGAUGGGAGAAAUUCACAGCAGGCGGGAAAAAGAGGACAACACAAGCUAAAAGAAGGAGAUUGGGACAUAGUGAAGUGAAGCAAAGGAUUUGAAAAGUGCUUGCAUUAUGCAAAGUGAGUAACAGCAGGGGCUACUCCAGCUGGAAACUAAAAGGAUAAGAGACAAGCGAGGAGAGGACAAAAAGGACACACAGCAAAGGAUACUGCUCUUUUACUGGAUUGGUGCAUUCUCUUGGACUUCUCAUUUCCGUCCUCCUGGGCUGACAGCAGAGGGGGAGGCAGAGCCGGAACAACUGCAGUGAUGAAGUACAACUACCAUGUACCAGUGUCAACGUACACACGCAGUUCACAAUACACACCAACAUACCACACACCUACCUACUACACCCCUUCACAUUACACACCAACGCACUACACAUCCACAUAUACCUCUGCAAAAAAGUACACCCCGACACAGUACAGCACAACACAUUACACUCCGUCACAUUAUACGUCCUCUUACAAAGCUGCAUCAACAUACAUCCCUUCAUAUAGCAAAGGGUCACGGUACAGUUCAACACAUCGCACACAAGCACAGGAGAAUCCUGCACCUGUAAUACCAGUCGCACCUGCAAAGAGAACUGUGCACUUCCCCAAUGACAUCAUCUUCCAGGAUAUUGUUAGACGAGGAGAUUUGGAGCAAAUUGGUCGGUUCAUGAGAGCGAGGAAGGUUCGUGUGGAUACAAUCUUCCACUCAGGUAUGGCAGCACUACACGAAGCCGUGCUAACGGGAAACCUUGAGGUGGUGAAACUGCUGGUGAAAUAUGGCGCUGAUGUUCAUCAGAGAGACGAGGAUGGCUGGACGCCACUUCACAUGGCCUGCAGUGAUGGCUACCCAAAAAUCGCCAGUUAUCUGCUGUCGAUGGGAGCCAGCACAGAGGCAGAGAAUGAAAGCGGAGAGAAGCCUGCAGACCUCAUCGACCCUGACUGCAAAGAACUCGCCCAAUUGUUUGAGACUGGCUGUGUGUGAUUGGUCACCAAAUGCACCCAAUAGACAACAUCAACAGAAGAAGAAAGAAAGAUGAUAUGAAGAUGAUACAGUAUUCAAUACCAUACAAACAGGGUGAAGGAAUGUGGCCAUAGCUCAGGCCAUGUCACUGAUCUUGUAAAGCAAGAACAUGUCUGCUUAUUGGUUUCAAAAUUUUAGCACAAAUUGCUAUAAGAUUUUAUUUUCUUAUUUGCUAUGAAGCAAUUAGCUGUAUUUCAUGUUCUGUCGGAUUCUGGCAAUAUUUCAUUUUAUUUUAGUUAAUUUUGUGCAUUUGUGUAUUUUUCAUACUGCCUGUGUCUAUGCUUCAAAUGUUAGUCUACAAAUAUCUCUGUCUUCACGCACAGCUCAUGUACCACAAUGCCAACAAUGUGUCACUGAAUCGAAAUGUGAUCUUUACUUGUUAUCUUUAGUCCUUUCUGAAGAAAAUUUGAUUCAUUUAUAUUCUCACAAAUAUCUAAAUUUAAGCAUUGUAUCAGUUGUGUUAGUGUUAUGCAGUUAAGUAGCUGGUUGCACUCCACAGCCUGUAUGUUUCCAGACUGUAGUCAUGCCUUAUAUUGAAUUUACAACACUGAAUUUGGGCCUAGAUGUUUGUGUCUUAUACAAAGAGUUAUGUAUCCUCGCUGCUGGGCAGAAAGAGGAUCAUCCAAAUUAAUAAUUGAUACUUCACUGAUAGGUCAGGAGUUACAAUUACAUUAAGUUUAUGCUGUACAAGCAUUUCUAAUGUUGCAGUGUUUCUUCCCUGAUGCAUUACUGUUGUUUUCUGUGGUAGAAAUACGAAUAUCAGUGAUGAAAGUCUUAUAAUUUUCUCUUCAAUUAUUUUUGUACGUUUUCAUAAAUAAAGACACCUUUUAUAAAUAUGA